CCGCCUCUGUUCUGCUAUAUGCUCUCUGAGUGGAGUGGAUGCGUGCGUUCAACUUCGACGACCUGUCGACUCGGGACGAGUGUAGCAGGCGCCACACCAGUGCUUGUUUUGCGAUGUAUAGUGGCAAAUCCUCGAGAAACUGAUUGCGCGGUAUUAUUAAGAAUGCUUGAAUGGAAAGCGUUUGUGAUUAUGCUAAGUUAAUGAAUGAGUAACGUGAAGAAUAUUGCAGUGCAAAUGUCAUGGGAAUUUGUACGCGACGAACGUUUUUACUCACGAUAUGUACAUUGCAAUUAAUUUCAACAAUAGAGCGGCAGAUAUUUGACUUCCUGGGAUUCAUGUGGGCUCCAAUAUUAGCCAAUUUUUUCCAUAUAAUAUUUGUCAUUUUUGGAUUCUUCGGAACAUUCCAGUACAGACCAAAGUAUAUUAUAACAUACUCAGUUUGGUGCGCGAUAUGGCUGGGAUGGAAUACAUUUGUAAUGUGUUUUUAUUUAGAUGUUGGAGUUUUAGAUAAAAACAGUGAUAUUUUGAAUAUGGGGACUGGAAGUGUAAGUUGGUGGGAGAUAAAUGGCAUUGGUUGCAAAGCCAUUUAUCCCACUAACUUAACAGCAGAUGAUCCUGAUCCUUUUAGACCUCUAAGGCCGGAGCAUGUGGUUGGUUGUAUGUUGGAAUAUCAGUAUGUGGAAGUAUUGCAUGCAGGAUUUCAGUGUGUUCUCGCUAUAUUUGGAAGUGCUGGUGGCAUAUCAUUGAGUCAUGUGUUCUUGGAGGAAGAUGACAGUUUUGAUUUUAUUGGUGGAUUUGACCCUCAGAUGGUAUGGUAAGUUAUAAUACCAUAAAAAAUUAAUAACGUGGUGGCAAUGUUUUGGUUUCAAUUUUAUGCAUAUGCAGUCUUGAUGAUCAAUUACUGUUGCAUUUGUUUUGUUACAAAUAAAAUUUGCAUGUCAUUGUAGACACCCUAUCCAAAUGUGCACCACUUAUUGUUGUUUUUUAUCUUUUUAAUGGCAUUCCCCACUAUCAGCAGGCAGAGAGUAAACAGUCUUUGUGUGUAUAUUUGCAAGUGUUUAGUGUAAUCGUUAUGUGUAAUUCUAAUUCCUGGAGAUAAAUAUUAUGUGUAACCCGUGAUAUAACAGAUCUACUGGUUUAAACUAAUACACAUAAACUUUAAUCUCAAAGGACAAUACAGACAGAAGCUGUAUAUGCAUGAAUACAAUAUAAAUUUCUAUUUACUUUUUAAUUAACGUUGUCUUAACUUUCUCUAGUAUAGUUAUGGUCAUUAUAGUUUUUUGUUCUCAUUUGUGUGCAUUCUUCCUAUUUCUCAAAAUCAUGGUGCUGAUAAAUUUUGUUAAUAUUUCAGAUUAUCAGAAACCAUUGUAAUGUCUGCAUGUCAAGGGAAUUAAUGCAUUCAUGUUUUUUGUUUUUAUUAUUAGAUGUAGUAUUAUGCAGAAGGCAGUGUACAAUAAUUUCUUUCUUUAUUCAUGUAUGCAUUUCAAAUAAUUCACUUAUUAAGAACGUUAAUGAAAUAAAUUAUUAUCUCAGGAAAUAUAAUAUCAUAAUUUCGCCUUAUAAAUAUUAGUGCCCAGGUACAGUUUUAUCCGAUUACCAGAAAUAUUUCUUGUUAACAUGUUAUGUAUGACACAUGUUGAGUUUCAAAACAAAAGUUUUAGUUUAUUAAAAAUAUUUAUUUUUUGUUUGCUUUUUGGAACACUGAUAACUUAUCAUAGUUUUAGAGUAAUUAACAUGUGAUGUAUUUCUAAUGUUCAAUGUAUCUUCUCUUGCAGCACAAGUUAAACAAAUUGGCAAAAGAAAAAUAAGUUGCAAGAGGAAAUCCUUGUACUCUGUUGAAUUCAGUUCCCAUAGUAAUAACUGUGUGGGCAAUGAUUCAGUAGAGUACAGUGUAGAAAAUGGAGGAAAUGGUACAUCUCAAUUAUCAGCCCCACAUCUUUCACCUCGUCCAAUGACACCUAGGAGAGUGAAACGCCGGAGUGUUAUUUCUCGAGGAUCAACUACUCGUAGUUCUCUACCUCUUUCCUAUCCUGAGAAACGCAAUAGUGUUAGGUACAACACUACCAGAUCUUCUCUAAGAGCUUCAGGAAGAAGAAACAAAGUGCCACACGUGAGUCCUGUGUCUCGACUCAUUGAGCAGCAACAUACUCUUCAACAACGACAAAUGUUAGAGUCAUCAGAAUCCAAUGAAUGUCACAGACUUACAAUGAUUGAACAUUCAUCAUCUCAAAUGGAUUUACUUGUACCAAAUGCUACUUCAUCUCCUUGGAAAGUUCCCACGGGUCACACAAAUCCAUUAUAUCAACAAAAUUCCUCCCAGUCAUUGCAAGAAGAUGAAGACUCUUAUAAUAAUCGACCGUCAUCUGCUAGAUCAAGUUAUUCUAAUUACCAUGGAAGUAGGCCUAUAAGUUGUUAUAUGCCUGGAGGUGCACUGCCCUAUUACAUUGGUUUACAAGCAACUGGACAAGUGCCUGUUAUAAAUUCAUUGCAAAACACUAAUCAGAAUUUAUUGAAACCUAACAGACAAAACCCAACAUUCUUGAAUAAUGGGCCUCCAGCUUAUGCUGUGGAUGGUGGUGUUACUUCAGAAACUGUAAUAUGAAGUUCACUGAAUAUGUUAAAAGUGUAAGAUAAGUUGUUUCAUAACCUCUUUUGCUGCAAAUUUUUUUUUUAAUCUUAAUUUUUGCCUUCAAAUAUUUCUUUGUAAACAUACUGAAAGCUGGUUUUUGACAGUUGUGAGGCUAUGUGAUAUUGAACAUGUGGGCUUAAUUGACAACCUUGUGAGACCAAACCAAACCAAGUGAGAAAGAAAUAGCAAGAAAAACGGAUUGUUAAAAGAAAUGUUCUUAAAGUGGAAACAUUAUGUAAAUGUUAUUUCCCAGGAUUGGACACAAAAAACAAGUGCGUAACAAGAUCAUGGUAGGAUGUGAGCCUAUUGAAUUCUUUUGAUGAGAUUAUCAAAUACUUUGUAUAGCUUUUAUUGAACUUUAUCAGAAAGACUGUGGUGAAAAAGAAAUGCCACAACAAAACUGAAAACCUGAAUGAAGAAUGAAAUUUGAAAAUGAUUUUCCUUCAUUAAAUUACUUUUUAAAAUAAACAGUAGCCAUCACAUCAUACACAGUAAACUAGAACAUUUUUUGCUAAAUUAGACCAGCAUGCUUCACAAAUCAAUGAACACAUUUAAUGAAUCUGUUAUUAAUUGAUAUUAAUGAUUGAGAAAAUUGUAAACUUUAUCAAGUGUUCGUGAGAAUUAGUUUUUCAUGGGCAUGAAAUUGAAUGUAAGAUUGAUUUUUAUGGAAAGCAUUAUUUCAUAAGAGUAUUUAACUUAAAGGGAGUUUCUGUAAGUGUUUAACCUCGAAGCAAAGUGUCACUGCCAUAUUCAAAUAUCAUAUGCAAGGAUUCAUAAAUAAUAUUAUAUUCAAGAUAUACAGAUUGUGUUUAGUAUGAAUUGAGCAAUGUAUUAAGUGAGUUUUAUGUUGUGAAAUAUUUUUAGUUUCACAGUUACUAGGUUCCAGUAACUAGACUGAAGUACCUCUUUCGUAUGAUGAUGGAUAUGUGUGAAUUAUCAUUAUUUCUUAGAGAAUGUGGUUGUUUGAACUCAAGUGAUUAUUACUAAUUAUUUGUCAAACAUUGCACUGGAAUUGUGAUAAAUUGAAAUUUCUUUUAUAAAAAUUGUUUUGCUUUUUGAGGAAUUUUGAAAAAAGCCCUUCCACUGAUGUACACACAAACGUAAAACUCGUAGUACUAAUAGUUGUAAGUUCACUUUAUAUAAUAGUUAAUAAACACCAAUAUUGUGAUACUUAGUACAUUUAUUUCUGUUUUAAUUUAACAAGCAACAUUUAGAUAUAACUGUGUAUUUUAAAUUAAAUAUUUUCCAAAUAAUACAGUUCUAAUGAUCAGAAAUUGUGUAUUGCAAAAUAGCUAAAUUUUGUGCAAAUGUAUUAGGUACAACUAUGUUGAUUCCAUGCCUUCUUACUAAGUAGUGACCUAAUGCAGAAUACAUCUCUUGUUUCUGCCUACAUAUGUCUAUUUCUCGCAAUAAACAUACGAGUGUAAGAUUAUUAAAAAAUUAUCUUUAGUUUAUAAACUGACAACAAUUAUUGAAUAAUAUAUCACUUGCAACACAUAGCAAAGGUGAAAUUAUAUUUUUUAAUUAUAUUUUUGUUGCAGCUGUGGUAUACUUUUUAAUAUCACUGUAUCUGUUUGAUUUGGACUCGAUCAUUUAAUUUAUUAUUCAUGGUAUACAAAGCUUUAGGACACUCUUCUUGAAUAUACUGCAGUAAGUUGUUAAAACUUCAGUAAUUUGUAUUUUUUGUGUUAAGUACUUGGAACCAUUGAUAUUGAUGUAAUAUUUCCUGGUAGUCUUGCUUUUUUAUUUUGUUUUCUCUCAAAAAUAUUUAUAUAGUAGGUAUGCACGGGCAUUAUCCAGUAAAAUAAAAUACAUUUUUAAAUUACAUAAAAUACAUUGUUUGAAAUAAUUAACUGGCAGAUGAAAACAUCUUGUGAGCUGACAAAUUAGAUUAUUUCUUCUCAGGUCUAUAGAUUGUUGUGUUUUGUGAUUAGAAUGAAUUUAUUUAUAAUAUGCAAAUACAUAAAGUUGUAUGUGUAAUAUAGGAUUUCAUAAAAUCACACAUUUGUUACACAGUGUAGAGUAAUUUUAAUUUUGAUGAAUUACUUAUGAUGUGACUUACUGAACAAUUGAGCAAUCAUGAAAAUAUUUGGUCUUCCACUAAAGAAGUGCUACUAAUUUUAUGAAUAUUAUGACCAUAAAUACUGUGUUCAUUUAUCUUUGGACCAUCAGGUGAAGUAUAAUUUUUACUUGUGAUCUGUGGUUUUGUGGUACUUAAAGGCAAUGAAGAAUCUUGUAGUAUUUGAAAUUCAUUGUAUAUAAGAGUACAAAAUAGGUAGUUACAGGUUGCCAUAAAUUGUAAUAUAUGCUUUCAGAUAAAUCUUUGAAAUUUCACUGCAAUCAAUCGCUAUGAAUUUAUUGUACUUAAUUGAUCUUGUUAAAAAAGUAUUUUAUAUUCUAACCUAUGAGUUGUGUGUCAUGUUGACUGUAUUCGAAACAGCUAUUGUAAAAAUAUCUUUCAAAAUGUUUUAUAAGGAUCAAAGAAUUGUAAUACCAAAGUUUUAUUUAAAGA